AUGUCCGUAUCAGCCAAUGCCCAGAGUGAGAAAGGCGAUGUGAUAGUCAGCACCGAUCUUGUCACAGUCGACUGGGAUGGUCCUGAUGACCCCGAGAAUCCCGUGAACUGGAAGCCUUCAAGGAAAGCCCCGACUAUUGUCCUCAUCUCUGUUAUGACUUUCAUCACGCCCCUCUCAUCAUCCAUGUUUUCUCCCGCCGAGGAAGAGGUGAUGGCUUCUUUCAAUACUACCAGCACCAUGAUGGGGGCUUUCGCAGUCUCGGUCUUUGUUCUCGGGUACGCUUUUGGCCCUAUCCUGGUGGCACCCGCGUCGGAACUGUACGGCCGUCUUCCCGUAUAUCAUACCUGCAAUCUCCUCUUCUUCGUCUGGUCAGUUGCUUGCGCCAAGGCGAGUAGUAUGGGCAUGUUGAUUGGGAUGCGUUUCUUGGCAGGGAUUGCCGGGAGUUGUCCUAUCACCAUCGGGGCCGGAUCGAUCGCGGAUACAAUCCCUGCGGAGCGACGAGGUGCCGUCAUGGCAAUCUGGGCGAUGGGCCCGAUUCUUGGGCCUGUCGUUGGACCGGUAGCCGGUGGAUUUAUUUCAGAAUAUAAAGGAUGGCGGUGGACAUUCUGGAUCCUGGUUAUCCUGAGUGGUGCAUUCCUAGUCGUCUCGCUCAUAUUCAUGCGGGAAACCUAUCCUCCUGUUCUCCUUCGCAAGCGAGCACAGAAGCUGGAGAAGAAGGGCCGGCAAAACGGUGAUGACCGAGAAUAUCGAUCAGCGCUUGACACAGAGAUGCUGACACCAGGCCAACAAAUCAAACUUGCUAUAUCCCGGCCGUUCAAACUGCUUUUCUUCUCGCCCAUUGUGCUUUUCCUCUCGACCUAUUGCGCCGUCGUCUACGGCAUCCUAUAUUUGAUUUUCACCACUCUAGCCUUCGUGUUCGAGGGUAUUUAUGGAUUCUCGCAGGGGACAGUCGGCCUCUCCUUUCUCGGUAUCGGAGUCGGCUGUGCUGUCGGCCUGGCCAUCUCCGGAGCAGGCUCCGACACCCUUGUCACUCGAUUAUCGCAUGGUGGAGAGCGUAAGCCGGAGUACCGUCUCCCCCAAAUGAUUCUAGGCGCCGUACUUCUUCCCAUCGGCAUGUUCUGGUAUGGAUGGUCGGUUCACGCGAGGGUCCAUUGGAUCUGCCCUAUCAUCGGCACAUCAUUUGUGGGAAUGGGUAUGAUGACCAUCUUCAUGUCCGUGAGCAUGUACCUUGUAGACGCGUAUGUGAUAUACGCCGCCAGCGCAACGGCUUCGAAUACUAUCCUGCGAUCACUCGGCGGAGCUCUACUCCCCCUUGCUGGCGGGCCUAUGUUGAACGCCUUAGGCGUGGCUUGGAGUGCUUCGUUGCUUGGCUUCAUCUCGCUGGCCAUCAUUCCAGGAGGGGUGCUUCUAUACAAAUAUGGCGAGCAGAUCCGGACAAAUCCCAGGUUCCAGGUGAAACUGUGA